CUAACCAAUCACGUGACGCCAGGUUCCGACAGAAGAUGGCGCUAAACAUGACGCUUAACCCGAGCGUCACAUCUGUGUCAGUGUUUGUAUAUGUAAAGUUUGAUGUUUAAGCUGGGGAGGCCCGUCUGUGCCGUGUAACUCUAAUAAUUACUCGCCACAGUCACAGGAAGGAUUUUCUUCCACAGCCUCCUGCAGUGUUUUAAAUGUCUCUGCAACUGCAAAUGUAAAAUCUCUGCUCUGGGUGCACCGUGUCUACAAAUGCGGACACAUUAGGUGCUUUUUAAUCUACCUCGUGAAAAGAAGAAAAAAUGGGGGAAGGGUGAUGGAGGAAAAAGCGCGUACCCCUCUCCGCCUGUAUCACACCACCCUCUCUCACAGCAUCAGCAGCGUCUGACGGCUGCAUCCUUCAGCUGCUCGUCCGUCUAUUCCUCGGCUCCAGCUGAUUUCGAUAACAGGAGCGGUUUGUGUCUGCAGCCGAGCAUCGCUGUUUGUUCCAGAACAAUCAAAUAAAAAGCAGCAGCAUGGAUAUGAUGGGCAACAAGCAGCGGCGGGCGCUGAAUAUCAAAGCCCUGCUGAGGAGGAACUGGCUUCUGAUGUCUACGAUUGUAUCGGUGGUGCUCGGGAUCAGUCUGGGUGUUGUGGUCAGAGAGUACGCCUCCCUGUCACAUCUCUACAAGCAGUACUUUGGCUUCCCCGGAGAGAUCCUGAUGCGAAUGCUGAAGCUGGUCAUUCUUCCUCUGAUCAUUUCAAGCAUGAUAACAGGUGUUGCAGCCUUAGACUCCGAGAGUCUGACAGCUGCUGUAAGAACGACCUGUGGCAGCGCUGCUUCCUGCACUGUGGGUGUGAAAGUCCACAGCUGA